AUGCAGAUUAUUCAGUUACGAGCGGCUCUUCGUUUGUUCGGCGCUGCUGUCCUCUCCCUUGCAUCCCAGUGUGUAGACCCUGUUUCGGGUUUUUCUCGAAAUGGGGUCUCGAGUACUUUCCAGGGGGCUCUAACUGACGGACCUGUCUUGUCAUCCCUUGAGGAUCAUCCAACAAAUGUAUCUUUGCCUCAAGAUCCUUUCCAGAACCACAAGCCGCCGCCCGACAAACUUCCUGGCAGUGGUCCCUUGGGAGAGAAAACCCAGAUUAUAGACAUUUCCCAGGAUGCCGGUACAUUUCAUAAGCCAGACCUCCAAGGGCAGCGUACCGGGUUACGACCGAACGAGGGAUCACACACCUCUUCCGAGCUGGCUACAGCACCCGUUGAAGCGGCUGCUGUUUCUCAUGGAGCGUCUGCUGCGUCUGUAGCCUCUGCUGCGUCGGUUGCUGUUUCUAGUGUCGCAAUUUCUGCUGAUGAUGUUAGCCACCCUUCCUUACAUCGGGAGAGGAAACAGGGGAUCAACGAGCACAUGUUUUACGGUUUUCCGGAAGCCAACAGUGUAGGUGGUUCGCUGCUGCAUGACGACAUCAAAUUGCAUGCACCCCCAAGUGGCAGCCCCUCUGUAUGGACAUGGAAUCCAUUGCAUUCAGGGCAGGAGCCAACAGAGGCGGAGAAAUUGGAACAUGAUGGAUUGCCUGAGGACUUCGUGGGAAUACCAAUGCUCGAUAAGGCUGCGGAGGAGCACCCUGAGCAGACGGAGGAUGUUGCAGCAGGAGCAGGAGAAGCCUCGGCAGAAGGAGAGGAAGUAAGUACCCCUUUGUCUAGUCUCAAAACUGGCUCAGAUCAAGUAGCAGAAGAAGAACAACGGGGGAGCAGUCGUAUGAGCGGCAGCGGGAAGUAUCAACGAUGGCUUGAACGGAGAGUUGGAGGGAGCCGAGACGGCCCUAGCUCAGGCACUGAGUCGCCUUCUUCCUCUUCUCAAGACAACGGUCAGGUAAGACAGGACCCCAACUCCCCGAGCAAUUCGACUUCGCCCCAAGCCCCCGAUGCCGCAGCUCAGCGGGGGGCAGCUUCGGAGUCGGAAUCGGGAUCGAUUAGGAGAUGGCCCACAGCAGACAGUGGCAACUCCGGCAGCACGGAUGCCAAAAGCCGCACAGACGACAGCAUUAUAGACAGCAGGUACACCAGAAAACACGGCAGUAGAAGGAAAAGAAGACAUGGACAAGAGGCUCUCUGGCAUGCAGGGUGGAGCAGUCUUGACUCCCGUCUUGACCACACUACACGAGGUCAGUUUGGCCAUUCAAGGAGUACCUCACCAUCCGCUACGUCGUGGGAGCUGAACGAGGCCUCGGAGGACUCUCCUGACUUUCCAUGGCAGCCGCUUAGUCCUCGGGGGGGCCUGUCGGAUUCUCAAAGGGCAGCUGGAUUAGAAGCAGAAGACUCUGUCGCACGGAAAACGGAGUGUGUGUUGGAGGUGGGGGGCGUCCUCAUCGAUGCCUCGUACUUGGACUCGGCAUGCACGGGGCCAGUACAUGUGGAAUACCAAAAAAAGCAAGGGAGGUUCCUGGAGCGACGCCUAUUAUUGAGCAACACAACAGGGCAACCCCUCACAGUUGUGAUGAAGACGGUCAACGCCAAAUUCAAGGCUUCCAUACCCUCCUACACGAACUCUUACUAUAGAGGCUUCUCGGGUCCAGCUUCGUUCCUACAGGAGCAAGACGGUGAAGACGCAACGGCCGCUGCAGAAGCAGCGGCAAAAACUGCAGAUUAUGUUACUUCUAUUCUAAAGCAAAUGCGCAGACACAGAAGGAAACUCCCAAAUAGCCCUCUCGAUUUAGUUGUUUGCUUUGCCAGCCCUCUUGACGGAAACAGCGAGAAGAACGAGAUACAAACAGAGGGGGAGGCUGUCAGCUUCAUGCAGACAUCUGCGGGGGCAGCGCGGAUAAUGCAGACAUGCGAAGACCUUCUUUCGGUGCUGAAGGACAGGAGAAAUUUCUCUUGUGAAAUUCUAGAGGCCGUCGACGUCAUCAUCUUGCAGUUCCCACCUACUGCAGACAAGGGCGAGGUGCAGAUGGUUUUGUCGAAGUUAUUGCUCUUAGAAGGACGGAGCAUUCUCUUUUUUGAACUUGCAAAGCCGACUUCGCUUCAAAUGGUUCCUGCGGGAGAAGGGCUUCCCGCACCACCCAAGGGGUUGUUGGAACGGUGGGCCUUCGUGCAGGCUAAGGAGGCCCUGCAAGCCCAGUGCUCAGCCGAGGAAACGGCAAGAACACGCCUUUUGUCAGAGGACGAGGACUCUCCGGUGUCUGCCCGCGUCCCUCAGGAUCCCGAUUUAGAAAAACGCCUGUGGGGAAUGUUCAGCGCGCACUGUGUGCACGCCUGGAUGCAUGGAGAGAAGGGUCACAAGGAGAUUGUGGUGGCAGUAAUCGACUCGGGCGUAGCGGGCCAUUCCGACUUAGACGAGAACAUUUGGCACAAUCCCCUUGAGACAAUCGAUGGACAGGAUGACGACAAUAAUGGUUUCAUAGACGACACGGAGGGCUGGAAUUUUGCUGAUGACUCGAAUCGUGUCGUCGAUACAAAUGGACACGGCACGCAUGUGGCAGGUACGGUAGGAGGCGUGGCGAACAACAGAGACAUCGUCGGCUGUGCACCGCUAGUCUCCCUUAUGAAAAUACAGCAAUUUGGCUCCAGCGGGACGGGUUCAAUAGGGGACGCCGUACGGGGUUUGGCUUACGCGAUGGUGAAGGGGGUUUCAGUGAUAAACAACAGUUGGGGUGCACCAGAGACCACGGCAUCGUUGCAGUUGUUGAUAGAGCGGUCUCGCCAUAUGCGGGGAGGGCUAGGUAUUCUGAUUGUUAAUGCGGCUGGCAACAGCAGCAGCAACAAUGACUUUCAGCCCUUUUACCCGGCAAACUUCGACUACUCGAAUACGAUUUCUGUAGGCGCGUAUGACGCUGAUGGUAACUUGGCCUCCUUCAGCAACUAUGGCAAAAACAGCGUCUCCUUACUAGCACCUGGAGACAGAAUAUAUUCGACCUACCUCGACGAUGGCUUUGCCUUCCUCUCAGGAACCUCCAUGGCUGCGCCACAUGUUUCUGGCGUAGGAGCAUUGGUGUUCGGCGUGUUCAAGAAAGCCAACUCAGAUGUCACCGCAGCCGAGGUCAAGGACAUCAUCAGGGCGACGGUCCAGCCCCUGAAAUCGGCACAGCAGACCACUCAGUGGGGCGGAGCCGUCGAUGCCGCUGCUGCCGUCUUGAUGGCGAGGAUGGGGGGUAUGUGGAUGCAAAUGAAGUGUACCGACAUGAUUGUUGAUUUGGAGGCGGGAGAGAAGUAUGCUUCGACGCUGUACUGGCGGGGCUACGCUGAAGGCACCUACAGGUAG